GUGUUGCCGCCAUCUGAGGAGGACCACAAACGCUCUACCGGGUCUAGCGUGUUACACUCUCCUCUGCCAACGUCAAAUCACCUUCAGCCAGCCAUGUCUUGCGGGAUGAUCCACAACACCUCUGACAACUACUUCUCAUCCAGCAACUGGAUAACGAGGAGCGAGAGCAGUGAGAGUCUGGCGCGACUUGACCUGGUGAGCCACCAUCAGAACCCCUCAGAGCCCAUGAUGACCCUUGAGGACCUCCGAUCACAGUUCAACUCGUGCUACACGUGCGGGGUUAGCUGGUCGGACAACCAUGUUUCCCUGGACUGUGGCGAGUGCGGCGGGUACUCCCUGGAGCGGCCUUGCCCUCUUUGUGACGGCAAGUGCAGGAUGGCCUGGCGCAGAGACAUCUCAAUGUCCCACAGUGUCGGCAAGGCCCACUGGGAAGGGGAGUGUGCGUUGUCGGUCAGUGACAGGCCCGCCGUGCCAGCCUUCCUCGCUGAGGAUGUGUUAGUGCAGGGCCUGGAGGACCUCUCCACCUCCUCAUGAGUGCACCCCCACACUUAUAUCUUCAAGAAUCUCUGGUCAGGGUAGCAUUCCUCAGCCCAGAAACUCAGGUCAGAUCGGGUCUAGCUUCACCACCACGCCCUCCCUUGGUUGGCGGCGCCUUUAUCUGAGCCGCUCUGGCCCAUGGUAGUGGCGCCUCACCAAGUGUUCCCAGCCUCUCCACGGCUGCCGUCCAGGCUGUAACAGAGAAUUGACCCAGAACAUUGGACAUGUUCAGGCGUGCUAUUGCCUCUGAUCUCCUGGGGUGGCCGUGGAGGGGUGGGCUGGGCGCAGCCUACCCGGCGUGGAGCCCUGUGGCCGCGCCGGGACUUGCCACUCAGAGGCUUGUGUAGGGUGGUAGGCCUGGUGCAGGGGAAGGAGGUUGAUGUUAAUCUAGUCUGGUUGGCACCACUACUCCUCCUCAACACAGCUGCUCAGUGUUGACUAAGCUAUAUUGACAUAUAUCCUCCAUCCUUUGCAUCGCUGUGGCCUGCCGCCUCUACUUGUCAACAACUCAACAUCUUUGUUAAAUAAAACACUAUGUAAAACCGACCAAAACUGACCAUCAUCACUCUGUGUGAUACUCUGUGAUAUUAGUCAUAACUGCAGUUAUUGCCUUGAGCAAAUACAACAAUUGUCAGCAUUACAAGAUGAACACAGUGUGGCAUGAACAGGCCUGCUGCAGCCAUUGCUUACAGGCCUGUGCCAUCGCUGUAUCCAUUGAUGUUAUUAUUAUAAAAUAAGAAUAAACAAUUUGUAUCAAUCUACCUGACUGACCUGCCAAGACCAGUGUGGUGAGGACCCGUCUUGUCACCCUGACCCGAGGAGACCUGCUGCCGCCCCUCCCACACCACAGGACCAAUGGCGUCCCACAAAAAAUACAUUCUAUUGACACACCAGAAUUCAAAUGACUCAAAAACUUAAACCCAACCAUUAUGUUGCUCAUUCUCUGAAGCAAACCUCGGAGCCAUCGUCCUGUGUGUGUGGGAGGGAGCCUAGCCCAUCUCCACCUGUUAACUAGCUACCUUUAGCCUACAAUUUUGUUUCCUUUAGGUGUAUCAUACAUUGUCGGGAUUCUCUGCUUUGUAAGGAAUGCUUGUGAUGCUUCCUUCGGCUCCGUGGAUCUGUAUUAGAGUGUCUGGGUUCCUUCCUAGGUGACCGAGUGCAAGGAGAAUGACUGGCCUGGAUGGGUGCUUGGUGAGUGACUGUGAUUGGCUCAUGUUCUUUGCUGUCAAGGCUGAAUGACUGGUUUGAGGGCGCCCUAUAGUGAAACCAUUUUAACGAGUCUGCUGAGACUUCUGCUAGUCCUUUCCUCCCCUCUGCUCUGCCACACAUUGCCAACACCUUUCCCUGCCUCUCAUAUGUUAGCUAUAGGUAACAUAUGAGAGGGAAAUAAGUGUUGUGACUAGCAGAGCAGAGGGGAGGAAAGGACCCACGGAAACCAACGCCUCACUUGCUAAAAUGGUUUCACUGGUGUGGGUCCGCCCGCUGCGAAUCUCAAGCCCUUUGUAUCUGUGUGCUAUUCAGAGACUUGCAAUGACGUUGUUGAGCUUAGUAUUGUGCGAAGGAUUGCUCAGUGUUGGAAAGCUGAAACCAUGUUACCAUUCUUACUGACAACUAUCCCGAACCUUCACUGACCUGUAAGCUAUAAGUCAGUAUGAUACAUUAGGAAGUUAGUCACUGUAUUGCUGUAUAAGCUCUCAUUAGCUUUUGAAUUUCAUGACAAAAAAGUGCAAAUCGAUGUGAGAACAAAACAUAAAAACUUUGAGAACUCAAGUGUUACUGCAGCUGAAAACAAGCACAAAUUUGAUAACAAACUCAAACCACAGUACAAACCCACAGUAUGACUAUCUGGAAUGGAAAACCCGAGGCUUCAAAGUUACAUCAUUCUGACAUUUUUUUCUGUGAGGAUCAAGGAGCCCUACGGAAUGACUAAAGUGGAGGAGGUAGUGUUGACCAUCUAGCUACUCCGCCUACAAGUACUUAUCGCCCAGAUGCCACCCCGUCUUAGCCUGCCGCAUCAACAACAGCAUCCUGGCCACACUUUAGUUGCUCAGUUUCUACGUGGAGCAUUUUGUAUGACCCGCAACCGCUCCUCGGAGUGUGUCCAUACAACUGCCAUGUCCAGAUUAGUUCAUUUAAUAUUCACACAGAGGGAACACAAAAUCUAUGGGUUUUACAGGUGCUUCUCAUACUAUAAAGCCCUUGCUCACAUCCUUUAGCAGGACAUUGGUUUUCUGUUCUGUACAAAGUUGAUUUCUAGUGGAGUAUUUGUUGCCAUGAUACGGAGGGGGGUUGGAUUGCAUUUUUUAUACAGUUGUUCAACUUUUCGAUACGUGCAGUCAACAGUGCCAGUUUGGAGAAUCACAGUGACGUGCAAACUGGUUUCUUUGUUUUCAUUUAUGCCGAUACAUUUCAUGGUUCAUUUUUAGGCUGAUCACAUACUGCUCUAGCAUCUGUUCUGCUACACUAGUUGUUUCAUGGGUUUUGGCAAUGAAUGAACCAGCUCUGGUGAUGAGGCUGUCCUCAGUCGUCAAAAGUGGGAUCGGAACAUGACAUAAGUACUUAAGGAUAUCAAAACUAUACAACUGAUCACCCAAGCAUCUCAUUGGUGGUUUAUGAAUUUCAUCUACAUUGUGUAUUCGAGUAAUUUGAAGUAUUCUGAAAAUCAUAUUUAGAGAUUCAUUGAUUUCUCGUCAGCAUGCUUAAGCACUGGAAGAACAAAUGGCUGGCCAUAUUAGUGGUGGUAUGAAAGUGUAACUUAAAUUCUGAAUGGGAAAAGUUAGAUUCAGUUCAAAUUAUCAUUGUGUUGACUAAAUUUUCAAAAUUUUGGUGGUAAGGAAACUUAAGUUGCCUGCAGCUCCAACUGCGUCUUCCUGCUGCAAUGGUCUUGGGGCAGCAGUAGCAACAGUGGACGGCAGUGUAACAGUUAUACAAAGGAAAAUGUUUUAACGGUGUGUGAGGGAGAGGCGUCGGCUGCUGUGAUGAGGUAGACUACAGGUCUUGCUUGUCUACUGUGCUUCUCCUUUUCUUCAUAACUUUUAUUCUCCCUCUUCAUUGCUGCUCCAUGUGACCCAAACAGUCAUGGGCAGUAAUUUGGACCCCUCACCUUGAGUACCUCGCAGCGCCCGACACCCUCCUGUUGCCGCUGAGUUCAUGUCAUCAUCUCAUGUCUAUAGUCACACAUUAAUUUCAUUUUAAAACAUUGUAUGUAUUUAUUUUAUCUGCAGUUUAUUCGGCCAUAAAUCUAUCGCUGGAGGCUGUGUAAUUCAUUUUUGUAAUAAAAUGUGAAAGUA